CGCAUAAGAUUCGUCUUCUUCUUCCUCACUAGUUCAGUUCCUCUUCGAUUUUCUAGGUUAACCAGAGACGACAGCUAGGGAAAGAGAUGAGGCUGAUAACGCACAACAUGCUCUCCUGCAACAUCAAAGGAGUCACGAACGGCUUUCCUCUAAAGAUCGAGGCAGAGAAAGUUGUCGAGAAGGAAGUGGAUUUCAACCCUGAUUUUCUGAGGCACAUGUUCGCCAAGAUCGAGUGGAAGGCUCUUGUGGAAGCUGCUCGUUCCAUGGGAUACGCCGAGCUACCCGAAGAUUCGCCUGACGCGACGGUGAUUGAUUCCGCCGACGAGACGUUCCUGAGGAAACUCCACCACGCGUUGCUCGAGCUCCACCUAGAGGAAGGCGCGCUUGUCUGCCCCGAGACUGGAAGGAAGUUUCCAGUCAACAAGGGUAUCCCAAACAUGCUUCUCCACGAAGACGAGGUUUAAUUCAAUUAAAUCAUCUUUCGAUUAUAAUGUUUUGCUAGGGUAAACCGAUUGGAUGUUUUAAUAUUUCUUAAUCUCUGUUAAACCGGUUUAAUUA